AUGUCCUCUCUAGGAAUGGGCACCCCCAGUGACCCUCUCUUGGCCAGCCCAGGAGGGAGGUCAUUGGGUACCACUAAUGACGGCCUCUGGAGGAGCUCCAUGCCCAAGACGGCCAGCUUUCCAUCGUCUACCACGCGCCUCUUGAGUCACCGUGCCAACAACUUCCAGAGACACCCGAAGCGGCGGAAGCUGAUCAGACCGUCCCCGCCCCCGCCGCCCAACACCCCCUGCCCCCUGGAUCAGCUGGACCUCAGUGAGUUACCCCCUCGCCGCACCUUCCCUGAGCUGCUCUUCAACGGCUGCGUCCUGUUUGGCAUCGAGUUCAGCUAUGCCAUGGAGACGGCCUAUGUCACCCCUGUCCUGCUACAGAUGGGUCUGCCAGACCAGUUCUACAGCCUGGUGUGGUUCACCAGUCCAAUAUUGGGUAUUGAAGUAGAUACAGAAAGUCCUGUUUGAUUGGAAGACAUAUAAUACCUAACUAUACUUUGAAUGGUAUAGUUAGACUAUAGGGAUGUUCCCAUCUGCAUUGCCCAUUGAGUGCCCCUAAAUCCUUCUAAUUUCUCCUCAUGGUUUUAAGGAUUCCUGGUCCAGCCUCUCCUGGGAGCUUGGAGUGACCGCUGUACAUCCCGCUUUGGCCGCCGGAGACCAUUUAUUUUGGCCUUGGCUGUAGGUAAGGAAUAUUCACUGUCCACUUCUUGCAUGGCUCUCCCCCCUCUGGUGCGACUGGGUUCCUGUUUUUAAACUAAUAUUGUAGUCCUGAAGUGAUGGAAUUCUCUGUUUUACCUUUAUAGGAGCUCUGCUUGGUUUGACACUGGUGCUGAAUGGGCGGGACAUUGGAGCUGCGGUGGCAGACACAGCAACCAAUCACAAGUGGGGCAUCAUAAUGACUAUUUGUGGAGUGGUUCUGAUGGACUUCAGUGCGGACUCGGCAGAUAACCCCAGCCACGCCUACAUGAUGGACGUGUGCCUGCCAGAGGACCAGGAUCGUGGGCUCAAUAUUCAUGCACUACUGGCAGGUUAGAGAGCACUGUAUACACUAACUACUGGUCAGUCAGGGAAAUACACAGCCCACUGGGCACAGACGUCAGUUCAACGUAUAGUUUUGAUUUACAUUUGGUUGAGUUGUCAACUAACAUGAAUUAAAUGUGAAAUCAACAAGACAUGUCACCAUGUCAUUGGAUUUAGGUUAAAAGUUGGGUGAAAAAAUACAAAAUUGUCAGUGUGAUUUGAAGGAGUCAGGUGCAGGAGGGUAAAUCACAGAAUACAAAGUUUAUUCCGUAGUACACAGUUACGCUGGAUAGCGUCAACAGUGCAGUGCGCAAAACAGGCUCACUGGAACAAAUACAGGCAAACGGGGAAAAUAUACCCCGGCAAUACAAAGUACAGGUAGCUCCACCGAUCUACACUCAUCUCACAUGAAACAAUCACCCACAAGGACAAGGGGGCAGAGGGAACACUUAAACACAUACUAAUGAGGGGAAUAUGAACCAGGUGUGUGUAAUUGACAAGACAAGACAAAUGGAAUGAUGAGAUAUGGAGCGGCAGUGUCUAGAAGGCCGGUGAUGACGAACGCCGAAGCCUACCACCCCCCCCCUCUUGACGCGCAGCUCCAGCAGGAGGACUCGGAGCAGGGCGAGCCGGAUGACAACGGUGGAAAUCCCGCAACAGGGAGGGAUCGAGGAAAUCCCUCACCGGGACCCAGCACCGUUCCUCCGGACCGUACCACUCCCACUCCACGAGGUACUGAAGGCCCCCACCCGACGCCUCGAAUCCAGGAUGGAACGGACGGAGUACGCCGGGGCCCCCUCGAUGUCCAGAGGAGGUGGAGGGACCUCCUGCACCUCAGACUCCUGGAGCGGACCAGCCACCACCGGCCUGAGGAGAGACACAUGAAACGAGGGGUUAAUACGGUAAUCAGGGGGGAGUAAUAACCUAUAGGUAACCUCGUUGAUUCUCCUCAGGAAUUUGAACGGCCCCACAAACCGCGGGCUCAGCUUCUGGCAGGGCAGGUGGAGGGGCAGAUUCCGGGUCGAGAGCCAGACCCGAUCACCCGGUACAAAGACCGGGGCCUCACUGCGGUGGCGGUCAGCGUUGGCCUUCUGACGACGCACGGCGCGUUGGAGGUGGACGUGGGCAGCGUCCCACGUCUCCUCCGCACGCCGAAACCAGUAAUCCACCGCAGGAGCCACGGUCUGGCUCUGGUGCCACGGUGCCAGAACCGGUUGGUAAUCUAAAACACAUUGGAAUGGCGUUAGGUUAGUGGAGGAGUGACGGAGAGAGUUCUGGGCAUAUUCGGCCCAUGGCAAGAACACCGACCACUAUCGGCAUAUCUAUUUAUUGUGGCCAUCGAGAUGUUAGCUAUUGAAAUCAGAUCCAAUAAUAAUAUCAGAGGAUUAGAGAUCCAGGGCUUAAAAACAAAGGUGUCAUUGUAUGCUGAUGACUCAUGUUUUCUUUUAAAUCCACAACUAGAAUCCUUCCACAGCCUCAUAGAGGAUCUAGAUACAUUUUCUAACCUCUCUGGAUUACAACCAAAUUAUGACAAAUAAUAUUACAUAUUGGAUCACUAAAAAAUACCAUUUUUACAUUAUCAUGUAGUUUACAAAUAAAAUGGUCUGAUGGUGAUGUGGAUAUACUCGGAAUACAUAUCCCAAAGGAAAUAAAUGAUCUCACUUCAAUACAUUUUAAUAGAAAGUUAGCAAAAAUAGAUAAGAUCUUACUACCAUGGAAAGGUAAAUACCUGUCAAUUUGUGGAAAAAUCACCCUGAUUAACUCUUUAGGAUUAUCCCAGUUUACCUAUUUGCUUAUGGUCUUGCCUACGCCUAGCGAACAGUUUUUUAAAUUAUAUGAGAAAAAAAUAUUCAAUUUUAUUUGGAACGGCAAGCCAGACAAAAUUAAAAGGGCCUAUUUAUAUAAUGAAUAUGAAUUCGGAGGACAGACAUUAUUAAAUAUUAAAGCAUUAGACCUAUCACUAAAAGCUUCAGUCAUACAAAAGUUAUACUUAAAUCCGAACUGGUUCUCAAGCAAAUUAGUAAGAUUGUCUCACCCAAUGUUCAAGAAUGGCCUUUUUCCCUUUAUUCAGAUUACAACCACUAAUUUUCAGUUAUUUGAAAAGGAAAUCAUCUCCCAAAUAUCACUAUUUCUAAAACAAGCCAUAGAAAGUUGGUUUCAAUUUAAUCCUCCAGAAAUGACAGAACAAAUAAUGCAACAAAUAUUGUGGUUAAAUUCAAAUAUACUAAUUGACAAAAAACCUUUAUUUUUUGACAGAAUGUUUAAAAAAGGUAUAAUCUUCGUAAAUGAUAUAAUCGGUAGGACUGGUAGAGUUAUGUCGCACAUGCAGCUAACAAAAACAUAUGGAAAUGUCUGCUCUACCCAAAUUUACAACCAAAUAAUUGCAGCCUUACCGCAAAAGUGGAAGAGGAAAGUGGUAGGGGGAGAAAGUAAGGAACUUGUCUGUCGGCCUUGCAUUAAAGAACAUAAUUGGUUAAGGAAAACUGUGAUAAAUAAAAAAGUAUAUCAGUUUCACUUAAGGACCAAAGGAUUGACAGCCGUCCCAUAUAGAUUGCAAAAUAGUUGGGAAGAGAUUUUUGACGUACCGAUCCCAUGGCAUAGUGUUUAUGAACUGACACGCAAAACAACACCGGAUUCAAAAAUUAGAAUCUUUCAAUUAAAAUUAUUAUAUAAAAUUCUUGCUACCAAUAGAAUGUUAUUUAUAUGGGGGAUACAAUCUUCCCAGCUCUGCAGAUUUUGCUGUGAAGAGACAGACUCAUUAGAUCAUUUGUUUUGGUUCUGUCCAUUUGUAGCUUGUUUUUGGACAAGCUGGUCCAGGAAUGGCUAAAGGAUUGCAAUAUUUACCUGGAGCUAACCUUGCAGAUAGCAUUACUGGGUGAUCUGAAAAGUCAUAGUCAAUCGAUCAAUAAUAUAAUAAUACUUUUAGCAAAAAUGUUUAUUUUUAAUUCACAAUCUGUAGAAGCAAUGAGAAUAGAAAGGUUCAGAACUUUUGUAAAACAUCACAGUACGGUUGAAAUACAUAUGGCAAAUAGAAAUCCUAUAUGGAUGGUGUUAAGAGAUAGAUGGGAGGUAUUGAAUGGAGUUGAAGGAUGGGACUAAUAACAAAUAACAACAAAUAAUAACAAGAUAACUAAUAAUGUAAGCAUACUGUGUCCAUAAUAAGUAUAUAGGUUGUAUGUUGGGAGCUUUUGGGAAAGUAUAAUUAUUGUAAAAUUGACUGUGUCCAUAAGGUGUAGAUAGUAAGUAUAGGCUGGAAGUAGAGGCCUGGACAUUGUUGUUCACUAAUUUACCCCAAGUAGGGAAAGGAUGGCGGGGUUGAAAAGUAAUAAAGGGGAGUAUGUAUAUAAAAAACAUGGGGGAUUGGAAGUGAUGCAGACAAUUACAUUGAUAGAAGUUACAAUCUAUCUGCAAUAUUAAGCUGAUCUACCCCCCCCCCCCCCCCCCCCCCCCCAAAAAAAAAAAAAAAGGCAGUAGGACCACAGGAACCAACCCAAAUCCUGAUUUACCCGUUCCACCUGCCCAUUAGACUUGGGGUGGAAUCCAGAGGUCAGGCUGACGUUCCAUGAAUGCCUUCCAAUCCUUGGAUGUGAACUGGGGACCCCGGUCAGACACUAUAUCCUCUGGUACCCCAUAGUGCCGGAAGACGUGUGUAAACCGGGCCUCCGCAGUUUGCAGGGCCGUGGGGAAACCGGGCAGAGGAUGGAGGCGGCAGGCCUUGGAAAAGCAGUCCACAAUGACCAGGAUGGUGGUGUUACCUUGGGAGAGGGGAAGAUCAGUAAGGAAAUCAAUGCUCAGGUGAGACCAUGGUUGUUGUGGAACUGGUAAAGGUUGUAACUUACCCGCUGGGAGGUGCCUAGGUGCCUUACUCUGGGUGCACACCGAGCAGGAGGAGACAUACACCCUCACGUCCUUAGCCAAGGUAGGCCACCAGUACUUUCCGGUCAGGCAGCGCACUGUACGACCGAUACCUGGGUGGCCAGAGGAGGGUGACGUGUGUGCCCAGUAGAUCACACGGUCACGGAUAAGAGCAGGCACGUACUGCAGCCCAGCUGGACACUGAGGUGGAGAUGACUCUGUGUGUAACGCCUGCUCUAUAUCCGCGUCCAUCGCCCAUACUACUGGUGCCACAAUGCAGGAGGCCGGGAGUAUGGGGGUGUUGUCUCUGGGUUCUCCUCUGUUUCAUACAGCCGUGACAAUGCGUCUGCCUUCACGUUCUUCGUAUCCGGGAUGUAUGAUAGUUGGAAAUCAAACCGGGUGAAGAAUAGGGCCCACAUGGCCUGGUGAGGAUUCAGCCUCCUCGCUGCCCGGAUGUACUCCAGGUUACGGUGGUCCGUCCAGACGAGGAAAGGGUGUUUCGCCCCUCCGAGCCAAUGCCUCUACACGGUCAGGGCUCGGACAACAACCAACAGCUCCCGAUCACCAACGUCGUAGUUCUACUUCGCCGGGCUGAGCUUCUUAGAGAAGAAGGCACAGGGGCGGAGCAUGGGUGGCAUGCCCGAGCGUUGAUACAGGACAGCGCCUAUCCCUACCUCAGACGCAUCCACCUCCAAUACGAACGGUAGUGAUGGAUCGGGGUGGGCCAGUACCGGGGCUGAGGUGAACAGACCCCUCAGGUUACUGAAAGCCCUGUCAGCCUCAGCAGACCAGCGGAGCCGGGACGGCCCACCCUUCAACAUAGAUGUAAUGGGAGCUGCGACCUUGCCAAAGCCCCGGAUAAACCUCUGAUAGUAGUUGGCGAAGCCAAGAAAGCGCUGCACCUCCUUAACGUGGUUGGAGUCGGCCAAUUACGCACGGCUGAAAUGCGAUCUCCCUCCAUCUUCACACCUGAAGUGGUAAUGCGGUAUCCGAGGAAGGAGACGGACUGCUGGAAAAACAGACACUUUUCUGCCUUGGCAUAAAGGUCAUUUUCCAACAGUUGGGUCAGCACUUUGCGAACCAGGGACACAUGCUCGGCGCGCCUAGCGGAAUACACCAGAAUGUCAUCGAUGUAGACCACUACACCGCGACCAAGCACGUCCCGAAACACCUCGUUCACAAAGGACUGGAAAACUGAGGGAGCAUUCAUGAGAUCUAAUUUGGUGAAGAUGCGCGCCCCAUGCAUUGACUCGAUCACUGAAGGAAUGAGGGGGCGAGGAUAACUAAAUCGUAUCGUCUCCUUGUUCAGUGGUCGAUAAUCAAUACAAGGGCACAGACUGCCGUCUUCUUCACAAAAAAUAAACUUGAGGAGGCGGGUGAAGUGGAGGGAUGUAUACACCCCUGGCGCAGGGACUCGGUGACGUAUGUUUCCAUAGCCUCCGUUUCAGCCUGUGACAGGGGAUACACAUGACUCCUCUACCCGGAGGUUUAUCGCGCAAUCCCCCGCCCGAUGAGGUGGUAACUUGGUUGCCUGCGUUUUAGAAAAUGCGUGCGCCAAAUCAAGGUAUUCGGGGGGAAUGCGCACAGUGGAGGUACUGUCUGGACUUUCCACCAUGGUUGCACCAACGGAAACACCUAGACACCUACCCUGACACUCUCGCGACCACCCCGUGAGAACCCUCUGCGGCCAUGAGAAGGUGGGGUUGUGGAGUGCUAACCAAGGGAUACCUAAUACCACAGGGAAAGCAGGAGACUCAAUAAUAAAAAAAAGUGACUUGCUCGCAAUGAGUCUCGUGGGUAAUCAUGGUGACUGGUGCUGUAACUUCCCUAACAAACCCGGACCCUAAUGGUUGACUAUCAAGUGCUCUGAUGGGGAGUGGAAUGGAUAGGGGAACCAAUGAAAUGCCUAAACUGUGUGAGAAUGCCCUGUCCAUAAAGUUCCCAGCUGCGCCUGAAUCGACUAGCGCCUUACACUGGGGAACCACUGUGUGAUCAGGAAAGUAGAUGGGUAGGGUACAGUGCGCAGCAGAGGGCUCUGAACAAGUGUGGGUGUUCGAUACCUGGAGUGAUGCGAGAGUGCCCUGCCUGCCACCUCCAGACCCAAAAGAACGCUAACGACAUCAUGCAGUGUGAUGUCUCUUCGUGCCACCAGAGUGACACUGGCGCUGUCGUCCUCCGCUCUCUCGGAUCGCAGCUCCACCCAGCUCCAUCAGCUCAUGAUCCGAGUCGGCCGGGGUUGGAACAGGCAGACCCCCUCCAGGAUGUCCUCUGGCCACCAGCAGGUUGUCCAAAUGGAUGGCCAUGUCCACCAGUUGCAUGAAGGACAACAUGGUGUCCCGGCAGGCUAGCUCCCUUCGGACGGCCUCCCGCAGAUGGCACCAGAAGUGGUCGAUAAGGGCCCGCUUGUUCCACCCGGACCCAGCUGCUAGAGUCCGAAACUCCAAGGCGAAUUCCUGCACAGACCUCGUCCCCUGCCUCAGGUGGACCAGCCGCUCGCCCGCCUCUCAACCCUCGGGCGGGUGAUCGAAGACAGCCCGAAAGAGGCGAGCGAACUCCCCGAAAUUGUCCAACGCGGCUCCUCCUUCGUUCCAGACCGCGUUGGCCCACUCUAGGGCUUUCCCCGAGAGGCAGGAGACGAGGGCGGACACCUUCUCCCGCUCCGAUGGGGCUGGGCUGAUGCUGGAGAAGUAGAGCUCCAGUUGGAGGAGGAAUCCCUGGCAGAGAGCAGCUGUCCCGUCGAACUCCCGUGGUCAGGAUAUAUGGAUCCCUCUAGGUGCUGGAGUGUGGGUGGCUGGAUCCGGUCACCCAGCUGGUCUCGACAGAUCGGGUUCUCUCCUCUCCAGGCGUUGGACGACCUGAAGAACCCGAUCCAUCACUUCUCCAAGCUGGCUAGCAUCGUUGAAUGCUCCUGGACCCGUGCCACGACUCCAGGCAUAUGCUCCUCUCCCGCUGACUCCAUAGUGGGUGGGUGAUUCUGUGAGAGUGUGAUUUGAAGGAGUCAGGUGCAGGAGUGUAAAUCACAGAAUACAGAGUUUAUUCCGUAGUACACAGUUACGCUGGAUAGCCUCAACAGUCCAGUGCGCAAAACAGGCGCACUGGAACAAAUACAGGCACACUGUCACGACUUCCGCCGAAGUUGGUGCCUCUCCUUGUGCGGGCUGCUAUCGGCGGUCGUCGUCACCGGCCUUCUAGCUGCCACCGAUCUACGUUUCUGUUUUCCAUUUGUUUUGUCUUGAUUGUACACACCUGGUUCCCAUCACGUUUUGAUUAUUUCCCUAUUUAACCCUCUGGUUCCCUCAUGGUUUUGUGCGUGAUUGUUCUUUGUUUUGUGUUUAUGACUGCUGUGAGCUGGUGUAUUUCCCUGCAUGGAAAUGAGUAUUGUUUCUUUUCGAGUAAAGUUCGUCUGUUACUCAGUUCUGUGUCCUGCGCCUGACUCCGUCCUACCGCUGCACACUGACACCUGACACACGCGGGGAAAAUGUACCCCAGCAAUACAAAGUACAGGUAGCUCCACUGAGCUACACUCAUCUCACAAGGGGGCAGAGGGAACACUUAAACACAUACUAAUGAGGAGAAUAUGAACCAAGUGUGUGUAAUUGACAAGACAAGACAAAUGGAAUGAUGAGAUAUGGAGCGGCAGUGGCUAGAAGGCAGCUGACGACAAACGCCGAAGCCUGCCCGAACAAGGAGGGGAGGCAGCUUUGGAGGAAGUCGUGACAGAAAUGCCCUUACGUUGAUGACGUUUUUCAAAAUCCGAUCAGUUUUCCACGUUGAUUCAACAUCGUCACAUAGAUUUUUGGGGGAUGAAAUAAUGUGGAAACAACGUUGAUUCAACCAGUUUGUGCCCAGUGGGAGUAUACAGUUGAAGUCGAAAGUUUACAUACACUUAGGUUGGAAUCAUUAAAACUCGUCUUUCAACCACUCCAAACUAUAGUUUUGGCAAGUCGGUUAGGACAUCUACUUUGUGCAUGACACAAGUAAUUUUUCCAACAAUUGUUCACUUAUAAUUCACUGUAUCACAAUUCCAGUGGGUCAGAAGUUUACAUACACUAAGUUGACUGUGCCUUUAAACAGCUUGGAAAAUUCCAGAAAAUGAUGUCAUGGCUUUAGAAGCUUCUGAUAGGCUAAUUGACAUCAUUUGAGUCAAUUGGAGGUGUACCUGUGGAUGUAUUUCAAGGCCUACCUUCAAACUCAGUGCCUCUUUGCUUGACAUCAUGGGAAAAUCAAAAGAAAUCAGCCAAGACCUCAGAAAAAUAAUUGUAGACCUGCACAAGUCUGGUUCAUCCUUGGGAGCAAUUUCCAAACGCCUGAAGGUACCACGUUCAUCUGUACAAACAAUAGUACGCAAGUAUAAACACCAUGGGACCACAAAGCCGUCAUGCCGCUCAGGAAGGAGAAGCGUUCUGUCUCCUAGAGAUGAACGUACUUUGAUGCGAAAAGUUCAAAUCAAUCCCAGAACAACAGCAAAGGACCUUGUGAAGAUGCUGGAGGAAACAGGUACAAAAGUAUCUAUAUCCACAGUAAAACGAGUCCUAUAUCGACAUAACCUGAAAGGCCGCUCAGCAAGGAAGAAGCCACUGCUCCAAAACCGCCAUAGAAAAGACAGACUACGGUUUGCAACUGCACAUGGGGACAAAGAUUGUACUUUUUGGAGAAAUGUUCUCUGGUCUGAUGAAACAAAAAUAGAACUGUUUGGCCAUAAUGACCAUCGUUAUGUUUGGAGGAAAAAGGUGGUGCUUGCAAGCCGAAGAACGCCAUCCCAACCGUGGAGCACAGGGGUGGCAGCAUCAUGCUGUGGGGGUGCUUUGCUGCAGGAGGGACUGGUGCACUUCACAAAAUAGAUGGCAUCAUGAGGAAGGAAAAUUAUGUGGGUAUAUUGAAGCAACAUCUCAAGACAUCAGUCAGGAAGUUAAAGCUUGGUCGCAAAUGGGUCUUCCAAAUGGACAAUGACCCCAAGCAUACUUCCAAAGUUGUGGCAAAAUGGCUUAAGGACAACAAAGUCAAGGUAUUGGAGUGGCCAUCAAAAAGCCCUGACCUCAAUCCUACAGAAAAUGUGUGGGCAGAACUGAAAAAGCAUGUGCGAGCAAGGAGGCCUACAAACCUGACUCAGUUACACCAGCUCUGUCAGGAGGAAUGGGCCAAAAUUCACCCAACGUAUUGUGGGAAGCUUGUGGAAGGCUACCCAAAACGUUUGACCCAAGUUAAACAAUUUAAAGGCAAUUCUACCAAAUACUAAUUGAGUGUAUGUAAACUUCUGACCCACUGAGAAUGUGAUUAAAGAAAUAAAAGCUGAAAUAAAUCAUUCUCGCUACUAUUAUUCUGACAUUUCACAUUCUUAAAAUAAAGUGGUGAUCCUAACUGACCUAAAACAGGGAAUUUUUACUAGGAUUAAAUGUCAGGAAUUGUGAAUGUUGAGUUUAAAUGUAUUUGGCUAAGGUGUAUGUAAACUUCCGACUUCAACUGUACAUACUACUGGCAGGUUAGAGAGCACUGUAUACUAUACACUUACAACUGGUCAGUCAGGGAAAUGCUAUACACUACUGGCUGGUUCGAGAACAUCAUACAUACCAAUAGGCUCUAGCACUCACUACCAGUGGUGUAAAGUACUUAGGUAAAAAUACUUUAAAGUACUACUUAAGUCGUUUUUUGGGGUAUCUGUACUUUCCGAUUAAAAUUUUUGACAACUUUUACUUUUACUGCACUACAUUCCUAAAGAAAAGUAUGUACUUUCUACUCCAUACAUUUUCCCUGACAUCGAAAAGUACUCGUUACAUUUUGAAUGCUUAGCAGGACAGAAAAUUGUCAAAUUCGCAGACUUAUCAAGAUAACUUCCCUGGUCACCCCUACUGCCACUGAUCUGGUGGACUCACUAAACACAAAAUGCUUUGUUUGUAAAUGAUGUCUGAGUGUUGGAGUGUGCCCCUGGCUAAAAUUGCAGUCUGGUUUACAAGGAAUUUUUCGUACUUUUACUUUUACUUUUGAUAUUUAAGUAUAUUUUAUCAACUACAUUUACUUUUGAUACUUAAGUAUAUUUAAAACCAAAUACUUUUAGACUUUUACUCAAGUAGUAUUUUAUUGGGUGACUUUCACUUUUAUUUUAGUCAUUUUCUAUUAAGGUAUGUUUACCUUUACUCAAGUAUGAGAAUUGGGUACUUUUUCCAUCACUGCUCACUACUGGUAUGUGAGACAGUAAAAUGUACAUAAAAACCACUUCUGACGAUGUAGACAUAGCAUAUACAGUAUAUCUAAGAUGUGAUUGUGAUAGCAUAAUCAGUGUCAUUGAUAUGAUUAUCAGUUCUAUGAUGAUUAUGUCCCACUCUCUCUAUGCAGGUCUGGGUGGUGGAUUCGGGUACAUCGUGGGUGGAAUUAACUGGGACCACACUGAUUUCGGGAGGUCAAUGGGAGGUCAACUUCGAGUCAUAUACAUGUUCACCAGUGUCACUUUGGUCAUUGCCACAUGCAUGACCCUCAACAGCAUCCCUGAGCAGCCCCUGCCAAAGACGCAGCCUCAGAAGAACUCUCUGAAGAGCCCCAGCCUCCCUCUGCCCCCCUCUCCCCCAGUCCCUCAGGGGGCAGGGCUGGGAUUGGAGGAGGAAGAGGAAGUGGCUGGGCUCUAUAGCUACCAGUUCUCUGAACCCCGCCCCUCGAACCCUUACCCCAAGGCACACUCCUGUAGUGCCAAUGCACGCCUCUGUGCCAGCCUCACCAGCCCCAUCUCCCCACUCAGCCCCCUCACUCCUAAAUAUGGCAGCUUUAUCAGUCGAGACAACUCUCUCACUGGCAUUAACGAGUUUGCCUCAUCUCUGGGAACCUCCUAUAUAGACAGUGUGCUCAUCGACUGCUACACUGGACAGCCAUCGCCGCAGCCCCUUGACCCAGACACUGCAGCCCGAACCCUGCCUCCAGAGGACACCCCACCUCUCCAGGGAUCUCAACCUGGAACAGGUUCACAGGCUGGAGCACUAGCAGUGGCUGGGACAGUGGCCCUGGCUGGGGCAGGAUCCCGGGCCGGGGCAGGGGCGGCUCAGAUGGGGGCAGGGUCCCAUCGAGGUUCAUCCGCUAGUAUCCUGAAGCGGCCUCAGAGCCUUGCGCUAGUGGAGGAGUCCAUGGUGACCCAGAGUGGAGGGAUGGAAAAUGGUCGCAGAAGAACAGUGACCUUCAGUCAGCAGGUCGGCCUGGAAUUGAAUCCCUCUGAUUAGUUUGUUUACAGAUCAUCGUGUUGAGAGAAUUUGUUUUCUGAAUCCUGUUCUUCCUGUAAUGAAGGUGGCAAAUAUUCUGCUGAAUGGGGUGCGCUAUGAGAGUGACCUGAGUGAAAAUGUGGAGACAGCAGAUUCACAGAUGUCAAUGAGGAUGCUGUGUAUCGCUAUCUACAGGAUGCCUCCGUCACUGCGCAGCCUCUGCACUAACCAUUUUUUGGGUGAGAGGCAUGUCACUCAUGUGCUUGUGUUUCAUUGUCUGUAUGCCUACCAAGGUUAAAACCACCAGUGAUUUUGGAUUUGAUAUCACAACACCUGUCUGUACUCCAGUGGAAGCUGUGUGAGUAUGUCUACAUAAAUAUUAGCUAUCUGCCACCCUGUCUUGAUCCUAUAGGUUGGCUGUCCUUUGAAGGCAUGCUGCUGUUCUACACUGACUUCAUGGGGGAGGUAGUGUUUGAGGGAGACCCCAAAGCACCCCACGACUCUGAGGCCUACCAACGCUACAAUGCUGGGGUCAGCAUGGGCUGCUGGGGCAUGUGCAUCUAUGCAUUCAGUGCUGCCUUCUACUCAGGUGAGUCCUGCACACAGACAAAUCUGGACAAUUAGAAAAACUGAAAGAAAACACACACACACAUCCAGACACUCAAAACACAGAAACAGAACACACACCUCACACUACAUCCAUCAUUUAGAUUCCUUAUCACAUAUAGUUGUUUUACAGGUUUUUCUCUUCAGUUUUCUCACUCUCCUCUCGUUUCUAUUCAUAGCCAUAUUGGAGAAGUUGGAGGAGCGUUUCUCCCUCCGGUCUCUCUAUUUCUUUGCCUACCUGGCGUUUGGCCUUGGCACAGGCCUUGCUACGCUCUCCACCAACCUCUAUGUGGUGCUGUCUCUCUGUGUCACCUACGGGGUGCUCUUCUCCUCUCUAUGCACUCUACCUUACUCUCUGCUGUGUGAAUACUACCAGAGCCCGCAGGUUAGUGAAUAUAAGUGGGAAUACACUGAAUAUAAUAUUGUUCAGACUUUUGUUUCUGUGACAUGGUGUUUUGUAGCCUGGUAUUGGUCAGUGUUGUCCAACUGUUGAAUUUUCAUAUAGCAAGGUAUUAUGUGGCCUGUUAGAUUUGUUGUGUGUGUUUGGCAUGUAUCAAUCAUACAUGUGCUCUCUCUGUUUCUCUGUCUAUGUGUUUGUUUUUCUAUGUGUGUAGUUCUGUGGAUCGUCAGAGGAAGGCACCAGGAGAGGAAUGGGGGUGGACAUAUCACUGCUCAGCUGCCAGUACUUCCUGGCUCAGAUCAUAGUCUCCGUGGCGAUGGGACCUCUAACCUCACUGGUGGGCGGGGCCCAGGGAGUGAUGUACUUUUCCAGCGUGAUGUCAUUCGUGGGAUGUCUGUACUCCUCCCUCUGCGUGGUAUACCAUCUGCCCCCCCCUGAGGGUGAGCCUUCCGGAAGCGAGACCCAGCCACUACUUGUGCACAUUUAG